AUGGAGUCCGUAGAGAAUAGAACAGAGUUUAUCAGGAAACUUAGAUAUAAAGGUAGCGGUCUACCAUGUAAGCGCACGUGCAUGCAACGAGGCUCAGUAGGAAUAAAAAUUGUCAACCAGAUCCUGAAAUUUCCAUCACGAGAAUCUGCAUGCUUUGCACUUGAAAUAAUUAAAUGCCUGUAUGUAUAUGAGCCAAUGCUUGGGACUCCGAAGUAUUCUCUGGAUAAAGCAUUGGUAAGUCUUUGCGAUAAGGUGUUUGUAAAUGAAGUAUAUGAGGAGAUAGAAAGAAGGAUUAAAAUGCAUAUCUUAAACAUGGAAAAAAGUGGCAAUGUAGAACAGAGAAACGAGAUUGAUAUCACUCCUGAGAUGUGCUAUGGAGAUAUGCUGUUUGAUGAAGUUCUUGUUGGAUACUUCAUCAUCAAAUACAGGAAAUACGGUGUUUUUUACACGAAGGUUAUUGAUUUGAUUGAUAGAGUCAAUCCAAGGUUAAGAGCAAAAGCAAUCAGGGGUUUUGACGGAUUGGCUCAAAUAGAAGCAAUACACGGAUUUGAAGCAGAAUUGGAAAGGCUUGCAGAUGCAUUGAAGCAUGAAUGCCAUAAACCAGUAUUAAUGCAAAAGAAGAACCGUUUAUUUAUUGAAGAUGAGUGUGAAUGUGUAAGGCAAAAUUAUCUUUUGGUUUCAUGCUUCUAUGAUAUUCCAGAGACAAUUACUGUGCCUUAUUAUGAUUUGAGAAAGAACUUUCGGAUUGAAUGUUUUGCAUACAUUGAGUGCUGGAAUGGAUUUGUACAAGAUAAUGAGCUUGUUGGGCUUGAUGGAAACAAAGAUGUAUCGUUGUUGAAAACCCAGUGCUUUGAAAUGUGUAUGAGAAGAACAUAUGAUCUAAAACUGAUAGAUGAAGUGAUUGUAAAGACAGUAUCAUUUGAGAGGAUGUUUCUGGAAGGAUAUGCAAAUGUUGUAAGACAAAAGCACCUAAUUGCAAAAGCAAAGUUCAAAGAAGUUCUGGAAGUGAUUGUUAGGCUUGGGAUGGCAUGUGUGCCUGAGAUUCUUUUCCAUGUGUAUGAUUUUCUGUCUCUAUCGCAUAUGUAUUGUGGAGAAUACUUUGAGUGUAUUUUUUAUCUGAGUAAGGGGAUUGAAUUGGCACAUAGACACCGCGUUGGCUUUAUAGCAACAUACUUUUUGAAUUGCAGAUUUGCCGCAGAACGAAUAGCAGGGAUGAGUGGGCCAGCACCGAAGGUUCGAUUUGAUUUAUGGAGAGGUGUUCAUAAGAUUGAGGAUGUGAUACUGGACGAAGGAUUUGUAAGAAGUAAUAGAAUAUGUGCAAGUGUAGCUCUUUCAAAUGAGAUAAGCAGCUUAAGGGAGCUCAGAACAAUCGAAAAGUUUGAAGCAUUCAAGCCAAGCAUGCUUUUAGGAAGUAUAGAAAAGGCAUUAUUAGUAUUUACAGGAUAUUAUGUUAUUUCACUUUAUUGUAUUGAUCGAGAUUUGUAUGCGAAUGACUUCAGAAAGAUUUUCAAGGUUUUUGAUGACUUUACUAGUGCUAAUGAAAGGAUUAAUGAGAUACUUAGUAGAUCAAGGUGUAUUUUAAAAGAAAAUAUGAAUGGAUCCGUUGAUAAAGGAAGAUGGUGGGCAGAAAGGAUGAAGAUGGAUGUAGAGCUUGGCGAUGUUUUAUCUGAUGUUUGCAGAGGGUUUAAUGAGAUUGAAACUGGAGAUAGGGUGAUUCUCGUGCUAGAUGAAACAACAACAGAGUUUCCAUUUGAAUCAAUGUCUAUUUUCAAAUCCAAGGUUGUUUACCGAGUUCCUUCUCUGGAAUACUUUGAGAAGUGGUUUGAGAUGCAUCCAAAGAAACUAACUACUGUAGAUUCAAGCGAAAGAUCUAUGUUUUAUGUGUUGGAUCCAGAUAAUAAUCUACAGAAGACACGAGAGCGCAUUUCAAAAGGUUUAAGUGCACUGGGUAUUACAAACGGAGUGUGUGGAAGAAGCUUAUCUAAUAAAGAAUGCAAGACAGUAAGUGAGUAUAGCACAUUAUUGUAUUUUGGCCAUGGAAGUGGAUCAAAGCAUUUACGAAUCCAUGGAGAUGGUAAAAACAUGCUUUUAUUUGGAUGCAACAGUGCAAGACUUCUGUGUAUGAAGAACUACAAGAGAAGUGGAUUUCUAAUGAAACAUUUGAGCAAAAACUCAACAGUGAUGGGAUGUUUGUGGGAGGUUACUGAUAAGGACAUAGAUGUUUUCAGUAUGAAGGUUGUUGAAAGACUGAUGAGAGGUGAGGAGUGCCUUGGGAUGCUAGCAUCGAUGUUCAGGGAUGAGUUUAAGAUGAAGUAUUUGAAUGGUGCUUCCGUUGUUGUUUAUGGGCUGCCAAGAAGACAGCUACUUAGAUGA